AAAGAUUUAAUGAGUCUUUUCUGCGAGCCUACUGUAUCCUGGCAACGUGACUCGUAAAUAUUUGGAGGGAGGUUAGGAACCGUCAAAUAUACUGAAAAGACGAUGACGACGAUACUUCCCCAAAAGCCUCAGGGCACGUAUACGUUUGCGAGUCAGCCUCGUGCAGUUCAACAGAGGAAAAAGUACAGAGAUGCCAAUCCGAUUGAACAAAACCAAGGUCCCCCACAAUAUGGAAAUAUUAUGUAUGACAGGCGUAUUGUGCGAGGAAAUACAUAUGCCCAGCACACUCUUCCAGCACAUGCACAACCAGAUCCUAUUGAAAUACAAAGACAACAGGAAAAUCGUCGUCGUGCAAUAGCAAGAAAAAGGGCUAAGGAACAGCUUCGCCCUCGCUCACCUGAUCCUGUAGAGGGACGUAAACACAUUGAUGUACAAACAGAGCUAUAUUUAGAAGAACUCAGUGAUCGUGUGGAAGAGGCUGAUGUUGAAGUUCAGACUGAUGCUUUCUUAGAUAGACCCCCCUCACCAAUGUAUGUUCCAGCCAAAACAGGCGUGGAUAUAACCACACAGAUCUUGGAGGGAGAUCUUUUCGAUUUCGAUAUUGAGGUGAAACCUAUUCUAGAAGUGUUGGUUGGUAAGACAGUAGAGCAGGCCUUACUGGAGGUGAUGGAAGAGGAGGAGCUAGCCAAUCUCCGAUCACAACAGCGUGCCUUCGAGGAGCUGAGGAAUGCAGAGCUUGUCGAACAACAGCGAUUGGAGGAACAGGAGAGGAGGCAUCGGGAAGAGAAGGAGAGGAGAAUGAAACAACAACGAGAAAUAGUGAAAAAAGAGAAAGAGACCUCAGAUAAAAUCGCUGCCAGAGCGUUCGCUCAAAGUUACCUCGCAGAUCUUGUUCCUACAGUGUUUGGCACAUUAUCAGACAAUGGCUAUUUCUACGAUCCUGUGGAAAGAGAUAUUGAACAGGGUUUCAUGCCUUGGUUGAUAGACCAGGUACAAGUACAGUUACAGAAAUCUCAGUUAGGUCGAUUGGUGCUGGAUGGACUAAUCAGGGAUGUAAUGAAUCAGAGAAUAGACUCCUACAACAAGAAUACAAAGCCCGGGGGUGGGGCUACUAGUGACGGUAAACCUGCUGAUAGCUCCAAUAAUGCUGUACCAUCACAGGCACCAGCCGCAGCCACAACAUCAGAGGGUGAAAAGAAGGAGGAAACUCAAGAACCGGAGAAGAAAGAGGAGCCAUCAGGAAACACAGAGGGCGGGGAGGAAACUGGGGGUGGGGACGAGUAGAAUGUGGAUCUUCAGGAGGAGCAGUCAUUAUCUCAGCAAUCAGGACCACCAAAAUAAAAUAAUUACUGGAAGGGAUCCACUACACAAACUUUACCAAAUUAGACACUGUGUGCUAAGCACAAGGAGAGAAAUGAUAUUAUUGACAGCAGAUUUUUACUUAAAAAAUUGAAAUGGACAGUGUCCUCAAAAUACAUCUCAUUGUUUAUCUUUGAAAUAAUGGUUGCUCCAGUUCAUAUUGUCUGUGAUCAAAAUGUAUAUAUUGAAGUAUACUAGUUAUUAAUUUGGCUAAAUAGAACUGCUCAACAGAAACAGCUGUGUGGAAAGGAUUUCUAAAUAAUGCUUUUGGAUUUUUUUUUUUCCUGGGGUGAAGAUUAACUUGAAGGAGAUUGUUAUUUUUCACACAGUUUGUUGCCUGCUGUGUAUCUUCUAUUUAUGAUUUGUUUUGUUAAACAUGUUUUCUUGAGUAAACAAAUUUAUAUAUGAUAUUUAGCUAAGUUUUGCCAUUAAUGAAAAAAAGGUUUUCUAUGAAUCCAUUAAUAGAAGAAUAUUUACAAUUCUUUCUGUUGUUUCAAAAUUAAAGAUUUAAAAUAUA